GGCACAGUAGUGAGUGCAGGAAGGGGGCAGGGUUGGCGCUUUUCCUUUGCCUGUAAGACCGUCACAAUUUGCUGAAUCACACAAACUCUUCCGCAUCGUCAAAACUUUGAAGACAUAUCGCAUUGGAUUCAGUCCGUGGACGCACACCGCGACAUUUCUUCCACCGCGAGUCAGAGGGAAGGGAAGGUGUCCCGAUCCGCGCAACUCCUCUUCCUGGCGAGAAGAGCUUUCUUUUUCACUUCUGCCUUCUGUCACCUACGGGACCACCGCUCGACACAAGCCUUUAAAAGUUUGCCUUUGGUGUGAAUGUCCUGGACUCGUCUGAGAAAUGAAGCUCAGCAGACAGUUCACAGUUUUUGGCAGUGCCAUAUUCUGUGUGGUGGUAUUUUCGUUGUACCUGAUGUUGGAUCAUAUUGAUCACAGCAAAAACCCGAACGGAGAGAGGAUUCAGAACGGGCAGCUUGGUAUUCUGCAGGACAAAAUAGACCACUUAGAGAGACUGCUUGCGGAGAACAAUGAGAUCAUCGGCAACAUAAGAGACUCUGUAAUUAACCUGAGGGAAACCGUGAAAGAUGGCAAGAUGUUUCCUGAAGGGAACAUGAGUCAGGGGAAUUUGGAAUUGCUGCCCCCUGCUCCUGCGCUGCUCCCUAUCCUCUCGGAUGACUGCCAGUUUGCAGGACGGACCUACUCGAAAGCUGCAGAUGGAGUACAGAUGCUGGAUGUCUAUGAUUUGCUUAGGUUUGAUAACCCUGAUGGUGGGGUGUGGAAACAAGGCUUUGAUAUCUCUUAUCAAGAGAAUGAAUGGGACAGUGAACCACUUCAAGUCUUCGUUGUGCCCCAUUCGCACAAUGACCCCGGCUGGCUGAAGACAUUCGAUGAGUACUACCGAGACCAGACACAACACAUCCUCAAUAACAUGGUGGUCAAACUGCAUGAAGAUAGUCGGAGAAAAAUGAUCUGGUCCGAAAUCUCAUAUUUUGCAAAAUGGUGGGACAGCAUCGAUGGACAGAAACGAGAAGCUGUCAGGAGGCUGGUAGAGAACGGUCAGCUGGAGGUGGCUACAGGAGGCUGGGUGAUGCCAGACGAAGCCAACGCACACUACUUUGCAUUGAUAGAUCAGUUAGUCGAAGGCCACCAAUGGUUGGAGAGAAAUUUGGGAGUGAAACCCAAAACUGGCUGGGCUGUGGAUCCAUUUGGUCACACUGCGACUCAGGCUUACCUGCUGAAACUGGCCGGUCUGUCCAACAUGCUGAUCCAGAGAGUGCACUACUCGGUGAAGAAACACUUCUCCUCUCAGAAGACCCUGGAGUUCUUCUGGAGACAGAACUGGGAUCAAGACUCGAGUACAGACAUUCUGUGCCACAUGAUGCCAUUCUACAGCUAUGAUGUUCCCCAUACGUGUGGUCCUGACCCCAAGAUUUGCUGCCAGUUUGAUUUUAAAAGGCUGCCAGGAGGAAGAAUUAGCUGUCCAUGGAGAAUUCCACCUCAGGCCAUCACAGACAACAACGUACAGGAGAGAGCUCAGACGCUGCUGGACCAGUACAGGAAGAAAUCCAAGCUUUUUCGCACCAAGGUGCUGUUGGCACCACUCGGAGAUGAUUUCCGUUACACUGAAGCUGUCGAAUGGGACCAACAGUUUGAAAACUACCAGAAACUCUUUGACUACAUGAAUUCUCACCCUGAGCUCCACGUCAAGGCCCAGUUUGGAACCAUUUCAGAUUAUUUCGAGGCCCUGCGUAAAAGCACCGGCAUGGAUCCAGUUGGCAUGAAUGUUGGUCAUUUGGCUUUGCCUGUUGUAAGUGGAGAUUUUUUCACUUACGCGGAUCGAGAUGACCACUACUGGAGCGGAUACUUCACCUCACGGCCCUUCUAUAAACGCAUGGACAGAGUGCUGGAAUCAUACCUCAGGGCAGCUGAAGUCCUCUACUCUCUGACCUUGGCCAACAUUCAGAAGUACGGCCAGCCCAGUGAUUACCCUGCCGGGGAGAAUUACAAACUACUGACUGAAGCCAGACGCAAUCUAGGCCUCUUCCAGCACCAUGAUGCCAUUGCGGGCACAGGCAAAGAAUGGGUGGUUGUGGACUACGGAACCAGGUUGUUCCACUCUAUUCUGAAUGUGAAGCGAGUGAUUGUGAGCUCAGCACAUUGGUUGGUGCUCAAGGACAAACAAACAUACCACAACGAUCCUUCGAAAGCCUUUCUUCAGAUGGAUGAUGUUCAGCAAUCCCAAGAUGCCCUACCUCGCAAAAAUGUUCUUGAGGUUCAUGGAAAACCAAGGUUUUUGGUGGUUUCCAACCCCAUAGAACAGGCCAGAACAUCUAUGGUUACAGUAUAUGUGAAUACUCCUAAUGUGCGUGUGCUUAGUGCACUUGGACAGGUGGUCCGUGCUCAAGUCAGUGCAGUGUGGAAGGAUGCCAGCCAUGCUACUGCAGAUGCCUUUCAGUUGUCAUUUGUGGCUCACGCUGCUCCUCUGGGUCUGAGCGUGUACCAGCUGAUUGAGGGAAUGGAGCCCAGGACAGAUGCUUCGAAGUACAUGUUUCUUCAGGAAGGCAGACAGCUCUCAGACAGUAAACUGGAGCAUUUCCGUCAGUUCUAUCAAGACGAUGGAGCUCCUGUGGUCAUUGAAAAUCCUCACCUCAGACUGUCCAUCUCUGGAGCAACAGGCCUUUUAGAGAAAAUGAUGUUGAAGGAGGAUGAAUCUGAGCACCAGAUGAAGGUGGAGUUUGUUUGGUAUGGAACCACCAGCAGUAAAGACAAGAGCGGCGCCUACUUAUUCCUGCCCGACAAAGAAGCAACAAUUUACUCUCCCUCUCAACCGCCGGUGAUUCGAGUCACUAAAGGGAUGCUGUUUUCUGAAGUCACUACAACCUUCGCACACAUCACACAUACACUCCGGCUCUACAAUACCCAGGGUGUGGAGGGUCAGUCUGUGGAGAUCUGUAACACUGUAGAUAUAAGAGGUGAAACCAACCGUGAAAUUGCAAUGAGGAUAACUUCAGAUCUAAACAGCAAGGAUCGAUUUUUUACUGACCUCAAUGGCUACCAGGUGCAGCCGAGGAAAACCAUGGCUAAACUCCCCCUGCAGGCAAACUUCUACCCCAUGACCAGCAUGCUUUACCUGCAGGACUCCAGCGCCAGACUCUCACUGCUCACCGCACAGUCGCUUGGAGCGGCCAGCCUUAAGAGCGGUCAGCUGGAGGUGAUAAUGGACCGCAGGCUCAAUCAGGAUGAUAAUCGAGGGUUGGGUCAGGGAGUGCUGGACAACAAGAUCACCGCCAACUCCUUCCGCCUGCUGCUGGAGAAGAGGAUCUCUGUGGAAGAGAAUGAGGCGACGGCGCCAUACAGCUAUCCGUCUAUCCUGAGCCACAUGUCGUACAUGUACCUGAACCAUCCCCUCAUCUCAAUGGCAGUCAGUCAGCAUUUGGAGGCUCCAUCUGUGGUUCCCUACAGCCCUCUGAAAGCCUCCUUCCCCUGCGACAUGCAUCUGGUCAACCUGCGCGCUAUACAGUCUAAGGAGGAAGGGGGAGCUGCGUCCGAGCAGGCGGCUUUGAUACUGCACAGAAAAGGCUUUGACUGUGGCUUCUCCAAUCGCAACACUGGCCUACUGUGUACCAGCACACGUGGCAAGAUUGAUUUGGAGAAGCUCCUGACGGAUCUAAAGGUGAAAAGCAUCACUCCUGUGUCUCUGUCUCUGAUGCACACGCUCAGUAGUGAAAGCAGGCCGCAGGAGAUCAGCCUUAAAGCCAUGGAAAUCAGGACUUACCGCCUGGAGCUGAGCUGAGUUCAUGCAAAAGAGCCACAAGGUUGUUGCCUUCAGCCAAGGACUCUGUAAAAUAAUUGUCAGCAGAAACCUUAAGCUUCACAGCAAAAGUGCAAUAUGAAAUCUCCAAGAAUUCCCAACCAGCUCUCUCAGGUUCUUUUAAACGCAACGUGACGCUGUUUAUUUGUGAUUCACUGUGCUGAGAGUUGACAUUUUGCUCUGUGAAGAGUACAAGUUAGUUUUUUUGGGCUGGAAGUGUUGAACACAGUGGGGCCGGUGCUAGAAUCACUCUCAUUUCUCUGUUACUCUGUGAAAAGAAAUAAGCACCAGAGAACUUUUGUUUGUUUUUAAUCCUCACAAUUCUCCAAUGAAAAUUUACUUUUUAGUUUUCUUUAUUAGUGCUUAAUUCAGUUUAUUUUUAUUUUGUUUAUUACAUUAAAUGUGUGCUGCAGUCUUGACAACACAACAAGGAAACAACUCGGAAGAUUACUUUUUAUGCUAAAAUAUUAGUUUAUUAUAGCACAAGAUUAUACAUCAUGCUCCAUAAAGAUAUUUUUAUUUCUAAAUAUAUAUAACUAUUUCUUUAUAAAACUGAAUUAUUAGCAAUAUGUAUUGCCGAAAAACAAAAUUGACACCUAUUUUUGAUCCAGAGUGACAUAUGUUUAUCUCAAACCAUUUAUAAAUUGAAAAGACUUAGGAAAACUCACAGAAACAUUUCAAGAGAACCAAUAGUAAAUAAGUCUUUGGGUUCUUGACAUCAUGGUUGCAGCACUAUUUUUUUAUUUUAUUUUAUAGAUAUAUAUUUUAUUAGUGCUUAAUUCAGUUUAUUUUUAUUUUGUUUAUUACAUUAAAGUGGAAGUGAAGCAGAAAGAUUGAAUAAAUAUUUUUUUGUAUAUAUUAGACACACAUCUGAUGCUUGUAUUUGCACCAGCUCCACGUCCACAACUUUACGCAUUGGUAAAUUAGACUGUUCAGUCCAUUACUUUCACUGUAUCUGUUCAGCUGAGAGAACGGAACCAACCCUGUGAUGUCAGACACAGCGAUAUUCCAAGAUGGCGCGCCCUAGCUCUAAAAACUGUAGUAAAACAAAACAGAACAAAAAAGUUUUGUUCUUCAAAAUGGUUGAAGUAAUCGAGUUUGUUUAAUAUAUUUUCAUUAAAGCAGAAACCAAUUUAUAAAAUCAUGCAAACUUGACUGACUGCUUCACUUCCACAUUAAAUGUGUGCUGCAGUCUUGACAAUACCACCUGGAAGAUGAAUUUUUCUUUUAAUGUGAAAAAUGAUCUGAAUAUUAAGUAAAGAUCAGAAAAAUCUCAAGAUAACCAACAGUGAAUCAGUCUUUGAGGUUUUGACAUCAUGGUUGCAGCACUGUUUCAUUUUAUUUUAUUAUCAUUUACUUUAUUUGAAUGUUUUUAUAGUAAUUAUUUCUUUAUCUUUAUUUUGUUUAUUACAUCAAAUGUGUGCUGCAGUCUUGACAACACAACCUGGAAGAUUACAUUUUAUGUGAAAACUCAUCAGAAUAUUAAAGUAAAGAUCAUGCUCCAUGAAGAUAGUUGAUAUAUUUAGAAAAACUCAAUGGUUGAUUAGUAAUUUAUAUGGCUAAAAAAAGAAACUGACAUCUAUUUGUGAUCCAGGGUCUCAAGUGUUUAUCGCAAACUAUUAAUAAAUUGAACAGACGUAUGAUAACCCACAGGAAAAUCUCAAGAGAACAAUAGUGAAUCUUUGGGUCUUUGGGGUUUUGAUCUCAUGGUUGCAGCACUGUUUUUAUUUUAUUUUAUAGUUAUAUUUUAUUAGCGCUAAUUUAUUUUUAUUUUGUUUAUUACAUUUAAUGUGUGCUGCAGUCUUGACAACGCAACCUGGAAGAUUCAUUUUUCUUUUAAUGCAAAAAAUCAUCAAAAUAUUAAGUAAAGAUCAUGCUCCAUGAAGAUAUUUUGUACAUUUAUUAAAAAUAAAACUGAAUGUUUGAUUAGUAAUGUGCAUUGCUAAAAAAAAUGAUACUUAUUUGUGAUCCAGAGUCACAUGUUGAUCUCAAACCAUUUAUAAGUUGAAAAGACCCACAAGGAAAUCUCAAGAGAACCAAUAGUGAAUCAGUCUUUGGGUUUUUGACAUCAUGAUUGCAGCACUAUUUUAUUAGUUUAUUUAUUUAUUUUUAUUAUUAUUUUAGUUUAGUUUUAACUCACACGUGUGCCUUAUUCUUACAGGGUUGGGGUUGUCUUAAUGAACAUAAAUUUAAAUACAUUAUUUUUAAAUGUUGAUUAUCAUCGCUAUUUUCAUUGUUGAUUACAGCAUAACAAAACACUACCGCAGAUGGUUUUUGAUAGUAAUCUUUAAAGAACUGUGCAUCUUUAAAAAUCAAGCAAAAUGCAUAUUUUGGAAUGCAGGUCAUGGUCUGUAUUGUGUUGUGUUGCUUUGCUUUCUUUAAAAUGUCCCUUGAUCAUUUUACCAAUGCAAAUGACUGCAAGAAUUUUGUGUUUAUCACAUUCAUUAAAAUGGACCAUUCAAAGGGAUACUUCACACAAAAUCCCAAUGUGCUCCAUCUCAAGUGGAACUAGACCUUUAGGAGUUUCUUUCUCCUGUUUAACACAUUGGGAGAUAUUAUCGGAUAACCACUGACUUUCAUAGUAGGAAAAACAAAUACUAUAAAAAAAAAAGUCAAUGGUUACUCAUUUCCAACAUUCUUCAAAUUGUCUUCUUUUGUGUUUUUGUGUUAAAUAUACAGUUGAAGUCAGAAUUAUUAGCCCCCCUUUGAAUUUUAAAUAUUUCCCAAAUGAUGUUUAACAAAGCAAGGAAAUUUUCACAGUAUGUCUGAUAAUAUUUUUUCUUCUGGAGAAAGUCUUAUUUGUUUUAUUUCGGCUAGGAUAAAAGCAGUUUUAAUCCAUUUUAAGGUCAGUAUUUUUAGCCCCCUUUAAGCUAUAUUUGUUUUCGAUAGUCUAUAGAACAAACCAUCAUUAUACAAUAACUUGCCUAAUUACCCUAACCUGCCUAGUUAUUAACCUAGUUAAGCAUUUAAAUGUCACUUUAAGCUUUAUAGAAGUGUCUUGAAAAAUAUCUAGUCAAAUAUUAUGUACUGUCAUUAUGGCAAAGAUAAAAGAAAUCAGUUAUUAGAAAUGAGUUAUUAAAACUCUUAUGUUUAGAAAUAUGUUGAAAAAAAAUCUCUCAUUUAAACAGAAACUGAGGGACAAAAUAAACAAGAGGGCUAAUAAUUCUGACUUCACAGAGUAUAUAUUUGUCCUCUUUUCUGUCUUCAUUUGUUAAUUGUAUUCAGUCUGAAGGAUUGUAAAUAGGUUUUUAGUAGCAACAGAAAUUCACCAAAGGUCAGUGGGAUUCCUGCAAAACGCACUUAAGAAUGUUUAUUAAACAUAUCAUUCCAUUGCUUCCAGAGGUAACUAUAAUUAUCAUAGAAAAAUUAAUAUAUUAGUAUAUAUAAAUAUGCAUAUAUUUAUAUCAAAAACAAUCUAAAUUGACGUUAAAACGGAAGGGGUGUUUAAUUGUAAAAUAUCUAUUAUGGUUAUUAUAAACGUGUGAUUGUGUGUGAGGCUUAUGAAUGAAAAUGAUCUUUUUAUGACACAACUGAUCUAUGCAAAUGUACAUUUUUGUCUUAUGCAACAGUGAUUCUUUUUUUAGGGUUUAUUUCAAAAAUCGCAGAUUCCUGUUGUCACAAAUACUGAAUGUUUUCUUCAGAAUCAUUUUUCUUUAUUGUAGGAUGUUUAUAUCUUGAAGGGAGAGCUCAUUCUGUCUUUACUCUGGGUGUUUUUCCUUCUGUCUUUCCUUUUUUCUGUAUGAAUCAAAUGUGAAGGAUCAUUUGUUAACUUGCUACUGUGAUUUUUUGGAAUGUUAAUCGAGUUGAUUCAGCAUUGUUUUCUUUAUUUUUGAAUGAAAAUGUUGGCUGACGUGUGGCUCUGUUGGCCAGUCAGAAGUGCUGUGAUCACUGUAUUUUAACUAGCUGCUUAAUUCACACUUUUAUGACCAAAUUGGUCCGUGACUGUCGUGAAUCAGGAUAAUGAAAGCAGGACGAUGCUUUCCGACCCUGUGAGAGAAUUCCUGUUUUUCUGUUUGUUUGUUUUUUAAUCUUAAAAAUUGUGGCGACUAUCUGAAGAGGGCAUCUUUUUACCAAGUGUUGCCAAUUACAGUUUUUUAACCAACGAUGAGCUGUCUGUCUGUCUGUCAUUUGAGAGGAAUGUUUCAGAAAAAAAUAAAGUGUUGACUCUUUUA